AUGCCAAACACUUGUUGCGUCCCUAAGUGUAAAGGGAACUAUAAUCAAGAAAACAGAGUGGUGGUCUUCAGUUUUCCAAAAAAUGAGGAACUACUUCAAAAAUGGAUGAAAGCUAUACCAAGAGAAAACCUUGUUGUGACAAAAAAUACAAGGGUUUGCGAAAAACAUUUUCAAAAUGAUGACAUUGAACGACAUACAUCCUUUUACAAAGAGUCGAGUGGGGAAACCUUGACUGCCAAGUUAAAAAAGCCGCGACUGAAAUAUGGAGCCAUUCCCUCAAUAUUUCCGAACUGUCCGAAGUAUUUAUCGUCAGUAAAAAAUAUUCGUGAUGAUCCAAUUAAAAAGAAGAGGUAUCUGGAAGAGAAACAUAUAAACAAGGCUUUGGAGGACAGCUUGCGAAGUAAAGAGGACUUUGAUAAAAGGUUUGCAUUUAGCAACUUCAAUGAAAUGAAAAAGUGCUUUCAAUUAAACGAAGUACCAUCAUUUUGGUCUAUAAUUGAAAAAGAUCAAAAUUUAAUCUUUUUAGCUAUUCAGAACUAA